GUUCUAGACUUUUAUAUUCAUCUUUCAGGUCCAUUUUCUCUUUGCUUCCACUUCACGAUUCGCCAGGCGCUCCCAGUACAAUGGUCACGUGGUCAAAGCGAUAAAAACAUAUGUCAACUUCUUCAUAUCCAUUUCCCGGUUUGUAAAAUGGCUGCAGCGACACCCGAACGGGCGACCAAAGAGGUCUUUGAUUUGUUCAAAAAAUAUGGAGAUAGAGACUAUAUAGGCGAGCCAGUCUCUCAAGAAGAACACAUGAUUCAGUGCGCUAUGUUAGCCGAGAAGGACGGAUACUCCGACGAGGUCAUCUUGGGAGUGUUCUUGCACGACAUUGGACACCUGGUUGGGUUCGAUAGAGAUCUUCCGCCAAUGGCGGAUGUGGGUACAAAUGCACAUGAGAUUGUAGGUGAACAGUUCCUCAAAGAUCUUGGAUUUCCAGAAGGUGUGACAAGUUUUGUUCGUGGCCAUGUGGACGCCAAACGUUAUCUUGUCUUUAAAUACCCGGACUAUCACGCCAAGGUAUAUUUUUCUAGCUCAAAAGUCACGAGAUCAAGAGGUGGAGUUUUCACCUUUUUAUGCCCCCUUAGUUCUGCCCUCCAGAUUCAUGAGUGUUAAAUACAGUGUUAAAUAGAAUUUAGCAAUGCUAAAAAGAAAACUAAUCGGAGUUUUUUUUUUAAUAGAUAUUUUUGCCUGCAUAGAAAUUGACACCUUGCAUGUUUACACCUCCUCACGCCACAAAUAUCGAAACGCGGUAUUCUCUCCGUCCCAAAAAAGGAAUAAAUAAAGAAAAUAAAAUGAAAUAACUAAAGAAUUAAAUCUUAGUAUCGUUUCUAUAAUAGCUGCUAAAGUAUUGUUAGCAUUCUCUCAAUCGACAAAAAGGGAAUUUCGCAUUUAUUCUUUGACGACAUUAGUCUGAUCCAAUAACUUUCUUUUUUCUUAUCUCUCUUUCUUAGCUGACUCCAGCGAGCCAAAAGACGUUGAUUUUUCAGGGAGGCCCAAUGACAACAGAAGAGGCCAAAAAGUUUGAGACGUUGAAGCACUUUGAGGCUCUAGUAAAGAUGAGAGAUUGGGAUGACAGAGGCAAAAUAAAAAAUGCUCCAGUUGAUCCGUUGGAGAAAUAUGAAAAUAUGUGUAAAAAUUAUCUAGAAAAGGUCCACAGUAAAUUUUGAACUGCAAAUAAAUAGACAGCUUACAAAUGUAAUAG